GUGCGGAAUCGUGCAGGUUUUUUAUUUUUAUUAUUAUUAUUAUUAUUAUUUUUUUUGGGAGGGGGAACGGGGGGGCGUAUGACAGGAAGAUGGGGAUAUGGCAAGGAGAGGGGGAUAUGGAGAGGAGGAGGUGGACGACGAGGAUAGCGAGGACGACGAGGAGGAGAAGUCGAGAUGGGGGAGGAGAAGAGAUGGACGGAGGGAAAAGAGGAAGGGCAGGAGGAGGAGGACGAGUGGGAGGAGAAGACAUGGACGGUGAGGAAGGAGAGGACACGAGGAGGCAUGGAAGAUGAGGAAGUACGAAGAGGAGGAGGAGACAAGGAGGAUGAGGAAGGGCAGGAGGAGGACGACGAACAGGAGGAUGGACAGGAGGAGGAGGAGGAGGAGGAGGAGGAGGAGGAGGAGGAGGAGACGAAAAGGAGAAGGGAGGAGGUGACAUGGAGGAUGAGGAAGGGGAGGAGGAGCAAGGUCACUGGCGAGAAGUCCAGCUAUGGCGCCCAGAUGGAAGAUCCCUCCCUUGCGUUCGCUGUGACCCUGCCGAUGUACAAAGACAGUUUUUGCAACCGUGACGAGGUCAGCAUCGACUCGGAAGCGUCAUCUUCACAAGCGCAGGGUCGACAAAGAGGUGAUGGGGGCAAUGAUGCUCACUGCUAUUGCAAGUCGACGAUUCAGAAUAUGGCGAUGGCGUGGAGGAGAGAGAAGGAGCAGCAAUGGAUGCUAUUGCAGAGGAUUGAGGAGUGUAUUGCUGAAAAGGAACACUCCUUGAACGAGAUCGAGAGAUGCAUACAAAUCAAGGAGCGUUGCGUUUUGGACAUGGCACUAGAAUUAGAGAAACUCAAGGAUUGGAUUGGCGGAAGACGAUACCAGAUGGUGAGGGAGGCAUUUUUCACAGAGUCUGCUAAGGCUCCGGAGGAAACUGCAUCGACAGAACGCGAUGAAAAGAGGACUGAAGAUGUGUUGUGGAACAGAUAUGUAAGAAGCAAGCGGUCAUGCGUGAGUGCUGAAGAGACGUUGCAAAGCAGCCUUUCAAGUUUUCAGAUUGCAAGACAGAAACUUGCAGACUUUUUCACUUCGGUCCGACCUUCUGUUCCGUGCCAAUGACGUUCUGGGCCUGACCAGUAAGGGGGAUGGCCUUGUAAGGAUUGUGCUCCACCUCUUGGUUGCAUCACCAACACUAAAGAAGCCUUCAGAAGCGUCAUUUCUGUAAGUUUUUUAUAGAUUCCAGUAAGCUUUCUAUGCUGGCAUAAAUGUGCAAGUGGCGGCUACAAGAUAACUCUUUUAAAUCAUGAAUUGCAUAUCAGAAGAACACUGGAGAUAGGCUCGACCUCAAUUUGAAAGUUUUUUUUUUUCUCUCAUAGUAAACAGUGGGCCCCUAGUAUGCAUCACUUUUAAGAUGAAUGCCCCGUCACGUGAGUAAGGCUGUGUCUUGCUUGUAAGAUGAAACAACUAUAGCUCCACUGAUUGCUUUAUUCCCACAAAGAUGAGAUAUUUCGUGUGCAGGCACUUUGCAGCAACUGUGUCAUCUAAUUGCAUUGACAUGUGUCAAAAUGUGUGUCAGAAGGGAAACUACAUGAAUACAAGCUGACAUAAAAAAAAAGUUGCACUGCAAUGCUGUCAGUCUAACUUAACCUAACACUUUGCACUGUCUGCGUUCAAAGGUGUGGACUGUAUAUAAUCCUCGAGUUACUUUUGCACUAUUAACGUUCAAAGGCGGGAGCUUUUAUUCAUAUUAUGGAUAUCUUGCUUUUGCGGUGUCGUGGUUCCAUUGCAAACGCUGACACUGUCGUUCAUCUAACACUUUGAGGUGUUCAAGCUCCUCUAAGGUGCUAACUUUAUGAUCCCUAUGGUUACUUUGCAUCUAUGGUAUCAAAAUUGUGGAGCAAAAGGUGUGGACUUUAUAUAAUCCUCGAGUUACUUUGCAAUGUUCAUGUUCAAAGGCGUGAGCUUUUAUUAAUACUAAGGAUAUCUUGCUUUUGCGGUGCCAAGGUUCCAUUGCAACGCUGACAUUGUCGUUCAUCUAACACUUUAGGUGUUCAAGCUCCUCCAAGGUGCUAAUUUUAUGAUCAUUAUGGUUACUUUGCAUCUAUGGUAUUGAGAUUAUGGUGCAAAGGUGCUAAUUUCAUUACAAACAUCGCUACUUCGCUUCUGUCGGGUUAUGGUUAUGCUGCAAAGGUGUCGACUUUAGUAAGAUGUUUCGAGUAGAAGUAAGAAAAGUCAGAAUCUCCGGAACCACCCAAUUAGUCCCGUCCAUUAUACCAAAAAGUCGUCAAGAAACCUUAAUCACCACAUUAACCAGAUGCAUACUAUCUAAUCCGCUUCACAAGUAGGAAAGCUGCAAUCCAAGCCUGUGACUGAUCUGCUUUGAUGUUGUGAAUACAAUAUUCCAAGGUGCUAGAUUUUAACCAUUGUCAUAGAGCUAAUUUACCAUCGACAAAAUUUGUGUCUUGGGGGGGCUCACCAUAGCUAUCGCACAAGAACCUCUCCAAGGCAUUAACUUUAUGAAGAGUAUUCCCCCAUGACUAUCAUCAGAGCUCACAGAUGGAUAGUGAACAACAAUAAUAGGACUGCUGUGGUAAUUUGUCCAUGACAGUAAUGCAAAAGUUGCAUUGCAAUAUGUUUGUUAAUCACCGUGGGAAGCUCAUGGCUCUUCAGCGACUGCUGUGUUUUCAAAUUUACCAUAACUUGGCUGGUGUAAAGGCUCCACUUUUGUAACCUCAAUAUUGUGAAAGUUCACCUCCUGACAAGAAAGCCGUACUGUUGAUCGGGGCUCAUGGAAAGAAUGCAGCUGAUUUUUAGUUUGUUGGAAGUGAAGGUUAAAGUUCCAAGCAUCAGGUGUUCUCGCUUUAGUAUAGAAAAUUAAUAGAAUAAAAUAGAAUAGAAAGG